CGGUAUAAAAGCGAUAUGAAAACGGUUUUAAGAUUCAGAGUGGCGUCAAACCACGGUACAGUUUGUAUACGGCAACAUGUUUGUGGCAACGUUUAUACCAUUCUUUUUAGUCGUGCAACUUCCCAUCAAGGAUGGUGCGUGGCCAUAUGGACCCGAGUACGUCUUCACCGUUCAUAUGAACGUGACGGGGACACCGCAGUGUCCUCGUCACGUUUCAGCGUGUGGCGGCCCAUCUGGUUAUCAUAUCACCUCUCGAUUGCAUUGCAUCCCGAAGAAAAAUAACACUCUGAGCUGUAGCCAACGGUACGUCAAUGGCCUUGAAUUUGGUAUCAACUUCCUGGCUCUCCUGAGCAAUGUCGUGAACCGACAGCGGAACAUCACCAAUGCGCCUAUCGAGCUAGUCUUUAACGAGGAAGGGAUCGAGAAGAUCAUUACGAGCCAGCUGACGCACACCUACGACCUUAACAUCUUGAAGAUGAUGGCCGAGCAGCUGCAUCCCGGUGACGAUUUCAAUAAUAUCGGAGACGGCACAUUCGAGGGUGUAACUGCAUCCACUAUAGGCAAAUGUAACGUCACCUUCAACGUGUAUCAUCGUACCGGGACUGAAAACGCAGAGACGAGAUCUCAUCGCGGUUUCCGAUUGAAACUACUACCGUGGAAUAUGCAUAUGACUUCUACCGAAACCCUCGUCAUCGACAAGACAACGAAUCUCAACAAUUGUAGCUGCUACGCAGACUGCUACUAUCGCAAAUACGGUGACACGGUCGUCUGCGAACGCUUGGAUGUGGAUUUGGAACAUACGGUUAGUCGCAUGGAAAUCAGUGAAACGAGUUUCAGUUCGUCUACAACAUGGAAGGGAACGUCGGUUUCAAAUAAUAAAACGUACAACGUGAUCGGAAUUGCAAAGGUAAUCUUGGAAGAUGUUCGACCUGCCACGAGACACCCACCCGCGAUCGUGAAACCGGGUGAGACCGAGAUACUUGCUAAUGAUGAUAUAAGAAGUAUUUCUAUUGUUCGUUAUAACAACAAUUAUUAAAAAUAUUAAUAUUACGAAUACACAAUAAAGUUAAUCCUAAAAGAAAACAUCUCACAAUAAAAGUCUGUAUGUGUAUAUAGAAGUUCAGUACCAAUUAAUAUACGAAGUACAUAAUAUAUAAAAAUCUACUGUACGCGUGUAUUACUUGUAUAACAAGAAUAACGAGUAACAAAUAAAAAAAAUGAAAAAUAAAAA